AUGUCAACGGACGCGUUAAUAGACGAGGAUUAUGCCUCGGAAGAUGACUCGGACUUUGCCCUCGACGAUGCGGCGGCUCGCGACGCAUCAGAUGCCUCGGACUCGGACAAUGACAAUGACGAUGAUGGCGAAGCGGCGCCAGCCCAGACAAACGCCAAGCGGAAACGCGCCGCGGGCGAUGGUGCAGAGGAUGAGGGCUAUGACAACUCGGGCGAUGAGGCCAUAAUAUCCAAGGGCAAGAAGCGACAAAGGAAAAAGGACAAGAGCAAAGACGGCGCUGCGGCGGCCCCCACAGCAGCAGCAGAUGAAGACGAUGAGGGCGGCGAGGGAGGUCUCAUCAAGACCAGGAGCAUGCGCGCCAAUGAAAAGGCGGAGCGCAAGAUUGCCGCCGCCUCGGGGCCCGUCACCAUUGACGUCGACGACGUGUGGGCCAAGAUGAUGGCCGGGCCCAUUGUGCCGCCCAAGACGACCAGAGAGAAUGAAAAGACGUCAUCGCAGACGCCGGCGCAGCAGGAUGGCGAGAGUGGGACCAAUGCCGCGGCACCGGACGGCGCCUCCUCCUCUGCUCAAGAGCCCUCGGAUAUGAUCAAGAUUAAGCGCACGUACAACUUUGCCGGAAAGGUGCAUACUGAAGAAAAGCUCGUGCCGCGGGACUCGGCCGAGGCCAAGGUCUAUCUUGCGACGCUGGGCGAAGGGGCAGAAGCAGAAGCAGCCGCCCUCGCCGCCGACGAGGCCGACGAUCCCAUCAAGCGGAAACCGCGCCGAGCUUUUCGAUCCGCAUUUGAGCCCAUUGCCGCCGACGGGGCUCUAGCCCAGCAGCGAUCGGACCUGAAUCUCGGCAUGGCGGCCCGGCUGCAGAUGCGCGAACAGCAGGCCCAAAAGGCCAAGAAGCUCAACGUCGUGGAAAAGAGCCGCAUGGACUGGGCCGGCUUUGUCGACAAGGAGGGCAUCAAGGACGAGCUCGAGCUGGCGGGCAAGUCAAAGCAGUCGUACGCCUCGAGGCAGGACUUUUUGGCCCGCGUCGAAGCAAAUCGGGACGAAGACGCGCGCAGGGUCCGCAUGGCUGGCCGGGCGUGA